GGCUGUGCGUCAUGUUCGCAUGUCCGGGUGGAGAAAGCCGAUGAUGUGUAUGACUUGAAGCUCUCUGUUGUUUUGAACAACAGUUGUUUUCCACAAGUCUUUUUGUCUUCUUAUCGUUGGCCAAUGUGCUAAAAAGCUACUAAAUAGUUGAAUUACUUGAGACUAAGUCGACGUGUUGAUGGUGUUCUCCUCUCACCUGCAGUGCGUGGCCAAGGUGUCUGGGACAUAAAGAAAUGGAGGAUUCAACCCGGAAGGGUCAUGGCGGGUGUGACGGUGUGGCAAUACACUAGCGGUCGUCUCCUCGGAGGAUGGGGCCCUCUUCUGUGUGUCCUCCUGGGGUCCCUGGUGGCCCUGCUGACGCCUUUGGUCGGGGUGGAGGAGCAUUGCCGCGGGUCCUUGAGCGCCAUCGCCCAGCUCCGCUGCCAGCUGUGGGGGAGCGCCCAUCAGCCCCCGCAUGCGCAGACCACCAGCCUCGCUGUCCCCUUCUCGGAACUCGGCUUGCUGCCGCUCAGGUCUAAGCCCAGCCAAGAGAUGGUCCUUGAGGCGCGGGCGGCGCUGCAGCAGGCGCAGGAGAUGAAGAAACAUGGCAAGAGAGAGAAAGCCCACAAGCUGCUGGUGCACGCACUCAGUCUCAAUCCAGACUACGUGGACGCCCUGACGGAGCUGGGGACUAUAUUGGAGGAGAAGGAUGUGGUGCAGGCGGACCACUUGUACACCAAAGCCUUGGCCAUCUCACCGUGCAACGAGAGGGCGCUGGUGAGCCGAGACCGCACCCUGCCCUUGGUGGAGGAGCUAGACCGGCGCCACUUUGGCGUGAUCGACAGUAAGGUGCGCAGACUCAUGUCCAUACCCAAAGGCAACUCUGCGCUACGUCGAGUGAUGGAGGAGACGUAUUACCACCACAUCUACCACACGGUGGCCAUCGAGGGCAGCACUCUGACUCUGUCCGAGAUCCGUCACAUCAUCGAGACGCGCUACGCCGUCCCCGGCAGGAGCCUGCAGGAGCAGAACGAGGCCAUCGGCGUGGACGCGGCCAUGAAGUACAUCAACACCACGCUGUUGUCCAGAACGGGAGACAUCAGCGUCACCGACAUCCUGGAGAUCCACAGGCGAGUGCUGGGCUACGUGGACCCCGUGGAGGGCGGGCGGCUGCGCACCAACCAAGUGUUCGUCGGCCACCACAUCCCGCCGCACCCGCAGGACCUGCAGCGGCACAUGCAGGAGCUGGUGCUGUGGCUCAACUCCGACGAGGCCCUGCAGCUGCACCCGGUGGAGUACGCCGCGCUGGCGCACUACAAACUGGUGUACGUGCACCCCUUCGUGGACGGCAACGGGCGCACGUCGCGGCUCUUGAUGAACCUGGCGCUCAUGCAGGCGCGGUAUCCGCCCAUUACCAUCCGCAAAGAACAACGGGCCGAGUACUACGCCGCUCUGGACACGGCCAACGAGGGCGACGUGCGCCCCUUCAUUCGCUUCAUCGCUAAAUGCACGGAGAUCACACUGGACACGUUGUUGAUCUCCACCACCGAGCACGCGGUGGGUCUGCCGGGGGCGGGGCAGGAACACGCUUGUCCAGACUGUAAACAAACCAUCCUGGCUCACACCUGAGUCAGGGUGGAAGUGUCCAUCAUGUGCCACCUGCUGAACAUGAUUUCAUCUGCACACUGGGUGUUUAAUUUCACUUUAAGCCGCCAUCGUUUGACAUGACCGCACCAUCGCUCAUCGUGAUUAUUUAUUUCUAUUUUAAUAAAAGUGUUAUAUUACCUCUCA